UAGGUCCGCCAGAGCCCGUCUACGGACCGCUCAAUUUGUUUUCACGCAUAGGUAACUUUUAUUUUGAAGACAUGCAACAGUGUACACAACCUCCCUAGAUUAUUGACCCCGAGGGACAGAAAACCAGAUUGCUUUUCAUCAUAAGGUAGUAGGUAGUUUCUGGAAGAAUUCUUUGGGACUACCUGAAUUUACCGUUUAAUUGAGACAACGGGCACCUUCCUGUUUUGAACUUACUCAGAACAAGAUGUCACGUGAUCUUUCACAAACACUCCCCCCUCAAGCGCUGAGCCGGCUGGCACAGGAAUGGCUGAUGGAAGACACGCCGAACUUUGACCUGGCAGGAGUGUGCGUCGGGUCACGUGAAGUGAAGGCCCGAUUGCUGUGCAAAUCCCCAGACACUGUACUGGCUGGCUGCCCAUUCUUCAACGCAGUCUUCACAGAGCUGGGAUGCACUGUAGAGUGGACUUUCACAGAAGGCCAAAACUUGGGACCAGAUCCAGUGACCGUUGCAGCGGUGGUGACCGGCCCAGCCAGGUGCGUCUUGCUGGGGGAGCGGCCUGCACUGAACUGCCUGGCACGGGCCUCCGGCAUUGCCACGCGCUGCGCUCAGCUGCAGAGUCUGGCCCGCGCGGCCGGGUGGCACGGGCAGGUGGCGGGCACGCGCAAGACCACGCCAGGCUUCCGGUUGGUGGAGAAGUACAGCAUGCUGGUGGGAGGGGUGUCCACGCAUCGGCACGACCUGAGCAGCAUGGUGAUGCUGAAGGACAACCACGUGUGGGCCGUCGGGAGCAUCUCACAGGCGGUGGCGGACGCUCGGUCAGUGUGUGGCUUCAGCACCAAGAUUGAGGUGGAGUGCAGGAGCGAGGAGGAGGGGAGGGAGGCCGCCAGGGCCGGCGCCGAAAUCAUCAUGCUGGACAACUUUAAGCCUGAGGACCUUCACGUCGCUGCCCAGGCCCUAAAGCGAGACUUCCCGGGCGUGAUCAUAGAGGCCAGCGGAGGGGUGACACCCGACACCCUUGCCCAGUACUUCUCCCCGCACGUGGACGUCAUCUCCCUGGGCUGCCUGACCCAAGGGUGCCCUGUCUCCGACUUCUCCCUCAAGGUGCAGCGCCCCGACCCCCAGGUUGGACAGUGAGGCAGGAGCUUGGUGCACUGGAUAGCGGGGGGGGGGGGGGUCUUUCUGGAUUCAUUCCUGCUCACUUCCAGUCACUAAUGCCUCCAUUUGUUUGGAUCCUCAAUGUUUAAGUCACAUGAGCUUUUCUGUGCCAUGGUGAUCACAGGACUUCAGCCCGUCUUGUCAUACGCCUAGUGGACAAAUGCUUUACCAUCUCAUCAUUACUGGUGUCAUCAAGGACUUGAAUUUACCCAAUCAGUGUUACUAUAACCCUAGUAUUUAAUUAAUACCUAAAAAAGCUCACAUUCCAGUAUAAAAGAUACAUUUUGCAUCCUCUCAUUUAAGCAGAUUGCAGCCUUAAAUAGUUAGACAGACUAUAACCCUAGUAUUUAAUUAAUACCUAAAAAGCAUUCCAGUAAAAUAAGUAUACCAUCCUCUCAUUUAUGCACAUUUUAAUGCAGGCUUUCUUUCCAGAAUACAGCAGGUAAAGCUUUUACUUUUAACACCUGUUUCUAACGUAACAUGCCCUUAUGUAUGUUUGAUACAGUAUUGUAAGACAAAUAAAAAGUGGUCAUGAGCUUGUAA